AAAGUCACUCUCUUAACACUCCCCUCUCACUAUCAUUAUUCAUUCCACACUAUGGCCUCUUUUUGGAACCAACUCUCAUUCUUUUUGCUCUUGGUGCUUGUUAUCUCCCCCCAAAUUCAAGCCAGAGAAGGCAAGCUCUUCAGCUUGUUCUCCCAUUUCAGAACCAUCUAUAAUGUCAAAGACCCUCUUGACAAAACAAAUGCUGAAUCUCCAGCACUACCACCAGGACCAACACCAGAACCAGCCUCAGCACCAGAACUAGAACCAGAAUCAGCACCAACACCAGCACCUUCAGCUGAACAAGAAAUUGGGUCAACAAUACCAUCUGGGCCAGCACCUGAGCCUGAAUUUUUUGACAGUGGAGAGGGUUAUGGCCUCUAUGGUAGAGGCUCUUAUAGACAAUACCCUCCCACCAAGGAGACUCCUACCACCACCACGACCUUUCAAAAUGAGCUUCUCAAUGAAGACUUCAAUCAUGAGAGCUACAAAACUGGCUACCCCAAAACCAAUCUCUACAACAACAACAAUGAGGAGUACAAAAACAAUGACAACACUAAGGAAGAGUACAGGAACAGUUACAUUGGUGGCUACUCCGACGACUUCAAUAGGUACUCCAACAACAACAACAACAACAACGGCAAGGAAAAUUACAAUAACAACUACAAUGGCAAGGAAAAUUACUACAACAACAACAACAACUAUAUCAGCAAUGGCUAUGAAGAGAAGAGAGAAGGAAUGAGUGACACGAGGUUCUUGGAGAAUGGCAAGUACUACUAUCAUGUGAAUAGUGUUAAAGAGAAUUAUAACCUUAAUGGGUACGAAUCAGGGAGAGGGAGCGCUACUGAAAACGAAGGUAAUUACUAUGAGAAAAGUCAGUAUCCAAAUGAGUUUGACACCAUGGAAGAGUACGAGAAGCAGCAGGAAGAACAAGGCUACACUCCUUGAGUGUUUUUUUUUUUUUUUGCAUUUUUGUGUGGUAAAAAAGAGCCAGAGUGAGAGACACACACAAGGGUUACCCAUUGAAAGAAAAUAUUAAGUUAUUAGAUAAUUGUGAUGCUUUACUUUCUAGUUUCAUCCUUGAUCUUGCUGUUUCUUAUGUUGUUGAUCAAAGUGAUGGAGAGAGUAUGCAGUGUUAUCAUUUGUGCAGUGUGGAUCUUUUUCUGUAUUUUUUCCAAUUGGAAACUAUGUACCGUUCUGUGUUCAUGUAACAAUUAGAAGGCACAAAAUUUCAUGACUUAUUAUAUUAUAUGACUA